GAGAAAAUGGCAAAGAUAGGAGCUCCGCUGGAUUUAGAAAAGUUCUCUUGUUCCAUCUGUCUGGAUCUCCUGAAGAAUCCGGUGGCGGUUCCCUGUGGACACAGCUACUGCAGCAGCUGUAUUGAAAGCCACUGGGAUGAGGAGAAGAACAAGGGAAUCUACAGCUGUCCUCAGUGCAGGAAAGAGUACAUUCAGAGACCUGACCUGGAGAAAAACAUCCUAUUAACAGAGUUAGUGGAGGAUCUGAAGAAGACUGAACUCCAAGCUGCUGGACCUGAAGAUGUGUCCUGUGAUGUUUGCUCUGGGAGGAAGCUGAAAGCCGUCAAGUCCUGUCUGGUCUGUUUGGUCUCUUACUGUGAGGAACACCUCCAACCUCACUAUCAAUCUGCUGCUUUUAAGAAACACCAGCUGGUGGAGCCCUCCAAGAAGCUCCAGGAGAAGAUGUGCUCUCUUCACGAUGAGGUGAUGAAGAUUUUCUGUCGCACUGAUCAGCAGAGUAUCUGUUACCUCUGUCUGAUGGAGCAACACAGAGGCCAUGAAACAGUUCCAGCUGCAGCAGAGAGGAGGCAGAAGCAGAAGGAGCUGAAGGAGAGUCGACUAAACAUCCAGCAGAGAAUCCAGGAGCGAGAGAAAAACGUGGAGCAACUUCAGCAGCAGAUGGAGGCCAUCAAUGUCUCUGCUGAUGAAGCAGUGGAGAACAGCGAGGAGAGCUUCACCCAGAUGAUCUGUCUCAUCCAGAAGAGGAGUGGUGAGGUGACGCAGCAGCUCAGAUCCCAUCAGCAAACUGCAGUGAGUGAACUCAAAGAGCUUCAGAAGAAGCUGGAGCAGGAGAUCACUGAGCUGAAGAGGAAAGACGUCCAGCUGGAGCAGCUGGCUCACACAGAGGACCACACCCAGUUUCUGCUCAGCUACCCCUCAGUGUCAGCACUAAGUGAGCCCACACACUCCUCCAGCAUCCAGACUGCUCCUGUCAGAUACUUUGAGGAUGUGGCAGCAGCUGUGUCAGAGAGCAGAGACAAACUACAGAAACUACAGGACAUCCUGGAAGAUACAGGGACAAACAUCCCACUGAGAACCACUGAAGAGGAGCUAUCACUGCCACCACCACAGCAACCACCACAACCACAGCCAGAGACCAGAGCAGACUUCCUACAAUAUUCACAGCAGAUCACUCUGGAUCCAAACUUUGCAUACAGAUACCUGUUAUUAUCUGACAACAACAGAAAAGUAACUUAUCCAGAAGCUGCUCAGACUUACUCUUUUUAUCCAGACAGAGUGACUGGAUGGUACCAGGUUCUAAGCAGAGAGAGUCUGAGUGGACGUCAUUACUGGGAGGUGGAGACCAGAGGAGGAGUUGAUGUAGCAGUCUCAUACAAGAACAUCAGCAGACCAGGGAACCCCACUGAAUGUGGGCUUGGAUAUAAUGACAAAUCUUGGGCUUUAUAUUGUGACUCUAACAGAUUUGUAUUUUGGCACAACAACAUUGAAACUCCCGUCUCAGGCCCUCAGUCCUCCAGAGUGGGAGUGUACCUGGAUCACACAGCAGGUAUUCUGUCUUUCUACAGCGUCUGUGGAACCAUGACUCUCCUCCACAGAGUCCAGACCACCUUCACUCGGCCACUACAUGCUGGAGUUUGGCUUUAUCCUGGUGAUGGAGCCUCUGCAGAGUUCCUGAAACCUCAGUAGAGGACUCCAUCAGAACUCCUUGUGUUGUUUCCUAAAGGAGCCUCUACAUUUUCUGUAGAAGAAUAUUAAUAAAUAUUAAUUUUUCUGAAGAAUAUUUGAAUCCAACAGAUGGUCGGCCGUCUUCUCAGAGACUUUCUGAACAAAAGGAUGUGAGACGAGCAUGGAGAGACGAAACAAGCUGAGUUAGUGGAGAAAAUCAUGGAGCUGCAGCCAUCAGUGUCCUCACUGAUUCCUCAACUGAUGCUUUUCUAACAGUUGAACUUAUUUUUAAAGCCGCUUCCACCUUCUGUAACUGGAUUUUCUUCUUCAUGGACCACAGGAAGCUGCAGCUUUUGGGGGAUUUUUAGCAAAGACUUUGUACUUUUUAAAUGAUUGUUUUGAGGAAUCUGUUUUUUUGAUGAUUUUUUCUGACAUUCUGAUUUUCUUUAUGAACAGUGAACUGAUUGUUUUGGACUUCUACAUCUUUUUCUGCCACCAAAUCCCAUUGAGUUUGAUUCUUUCAACUGGAAAUGUUUCAAGAACUACAAAAAACAUUAAGAAUUUAAAUGUUGUAAAUAAUGGCCAUGUGACAGUCUAAAGGCAAAUUUUAUUUCAGAUUUUAUUUUUUCACCACGUUGGAAUUUUUCACUGUAUUUUUAAUUUUAUUCUAACUUUUGAAGGGGGUUUCUUUACUCGUGAUCACUCUGUCCAUUGAUUUGUCUGUGUAAUUAUUUUUUACCUGUCAGAAUAGUCAGAGGUUGAUGUGUUUGUUCUUUCAGAGAGAUGGUUCAGGGUUUACAGUGCUGUGAAGAAAGCAAAGGGUUUUCAGUUAUUCCACACAUUGUUGUUUAGUUCAUAAUCCCGUAUGUGUUCGUGGUUUUGAUGA